AUGGACAAAAUAAGAAACGAGACUAUGAGAACGGAGUUAGAGACAGAAUACAUACUAGAACACAUAGAAAUGAAGCAGCUGAGAUGGUGGGGACAUUUGCAAAGAAUGGGUGACAACAUACCGGUUAAACAAGUUUGGGAGAGUAAGGUGCUAGGAAAAAAUAACAUGGAAAAAUACUCGCACCAUAGAACAGAUAUUGAUGAAAAGAGGAAUGGACUGGAGACAAGCUAA